GCCGCCCCUCGGCCCCAGUCACUGAGCCGCCGCCGAGGACUCAGCUGCCUCCCCCUUGAGCCCCCUCGCUUCCCGACGCUCCGUCCCCCCCGCCCGCCUUCUCCCGCAGCCGCCUUCCGCAGGCCGUUUCCACCGAGGAAAAGGAAUCGUAUCGUAUGUCCGCUAUCCAGAACCUCCACUCUUUCGACCCCUUUGCUGAUGCAAGUAAGGGUGAUGACCUGCUUCCUGCUGGCACUGAGGAUUAUAUCCAUAUAAGAAUUCAACAGAGAAACGGCAGGAAGACCCUUACUACUGUCCAAGGGAUCGCUGAUGAUUACGAUAAAAAGAAACUAGUGAAGGCGUUUAAGAAGAAAUUUGCCUGCAAUGGUACUGUAAUUGAGCAUCCAGAAUAUGGAGAAGUAAUUCAGCUACAGGGUGACCAGCGCAAGAACAUAUGCCAGUUCCUGGUAGAGAUUGGACUGGCUAAGGACGAUCAGCUGAAGGUUCAUGGGUUUUAAGUGCUUGUGGCUCAUUGAAGCUUAAGUGAGGAUUUCCUUGCAAUGAGUAGAAUUUCCCUCCUGUCCCUUGUCACAAGUUUAAAAACCUCACAGCUUGUAUAAUGUAACCAUUUGGGGUCCGCUUUUAACUUGGACUAGUGUAACUCCUUCAUGCAAUAAACUGAAAAGAGCCAUGCUGUCUAGUCUUGAAGUCCCUCAUUUAAACCGAGGUCAAGCAGUAGGCGCCUGGCAGUGUCCAGCCUGCAACAAAGCAAUAAUGUGAAGUUUCAGUUAAUCCAAGAGCCCCUGGAUAACAGGCGGCUAUGUCUGGCCAGACGCUCUCCCUCUGCAGCUUCCCCUGCCCUAAAAAAGAAUGUCACUAUUUUGAACCACCCAUGGUAAUCCAGAGAAAGUGGGGUAAGGCAGUGAGCAAGAGCAGCUGUGCCAUUAGGGGAGGCUUGGGUUGACCAGACAUAGCCUAGAUAGGGGGUGUCCCAAAAAAUAUAAAUGAGACCAGCCUAAUUAAAGAGUUAAACUUUUGACAAGGGAACAAACAUCAAACUGGAGUCAUCUGUCAUGUAGCUAGCUGUAGAGUUCACAACUUAAGUAAGGCUGCCCAGUGCCAUGUGAAGUAAGACUGGUUUUUGGUUUUCUCCCAGUUUUAAUGUUCUGUAAUGUAUUUAAACCCUUAUUUAAAUAAAACUUGUUUUCAGAAAUA